AUGUUCUUCUUCAUCCUGCUGUUUCUACAUACACCAGUAGAGGGAGUUGCUGCACCAAUUUCUUGCUACAAUGACCAAGGAAGCUCUGUUGACUGGUUCUAUCUUUACAAGCUACCUCAUCCUCACAGAAAACCCGUUGCUCAGGGUCUGAAGUAUCUUCUGAUGGACGGAGGGAGUGAGGAGUGGAUGGAUGGGAAAGUGCUUGUAAAUGACAGUUCAGGUGCUCUGGGAAGAACAAUGGCACCAUUAUAUGAGGAGAAUGAAGUUGGAUACAUUCUGUAUAACGACCAGGCUCCGUCGCCGAAGCACGGCCAUACGAGAGAUGAGAACAGGAGUGGAGGUCACACAAAAGGCGUUGUCCUCUUUGACAAGAAGCAAGGCUUUUGGUUGGUCCAUAGUACCCCACAUUUCCCCCCACCCAAGAGAGAGGGCAGUUUCUCAUACCCAAGCUCUGGCAUAAAUAACGGACAAAACUUCAUCUGUGUGACCUACCCCAUGGAGCGCUUCCAAACGAUAGGUGAGCAGUUAAAAAUAAACCAGCCCCACAUAUAUGACUGUCAUAUUCCUGAUUCCCUGGCUUCUGAACUGCCCUCUAUGGUCCAGCUUUGCAAAAACAGCCAGAGCAGAGGGGGAAACACAAGUUUAUUGCACACUUCCUCAUCUACAGCCAAUCGCAGUGUGGCCCUCCUCUCAUUGGCUGGAACACAGUUCAUCAGCUUUGCCAAAGGAGCCUCUUUUGGUGCUGAUUUAUACCACUCCUGGGUGGCCCCCACCCUUCAGUCUGACCUUCUGGUGCAGUUCUGGCGCCGGUCCACCGGUAUCCUGCAUUCCGACUGCUCGCAGCGCUGGAAGGUCCUGGACAUAGACCUCAUCUCUCCAGGCCAGCGGUUGACGUUCAAGGCCACGGAGGAUCACUCCAAGUGGGCCGUCAGCAAGCGGGGCGGGAGCGGGAGAGAUGGACCAGGAGGAUGGGUCUGCGUGGGGGACAUUAACCGCAACAAAGCGGAGGAGACGAGAGGUGGGGGGACAGUAUGUCAGCAGAACGCCGUCGUGUGGAAAGCGUAUCGCACGGCAGCGCUGAAGUGUGAGACGUGCACAGGAAGCUCCGCUGAGUGUGACUCUGCACUGAGAGAGAUACAGGAACAGCACUGA